AUGUCAGCAGCAUGGGGUCCGAACAUGGCGAAUGCAGCCUCGAAGUAUGCGACUUUCCCUCCAAGGAUGACUUCAGAAGGGAUUAUACUGCAUGAAGACUUCCAGCUUCCUUCCUUCGAGCUGGUACAAAAGGACCUCGCUAAACUCAGACAGAUGAAGGCUACAGGUCCGUGCUACGUAGCCGUCAGGCUCGAAGGAAACCCGAACCCUUCCGUGCUUCCACUGUCGCUCUCGUGGACGGCAACAAUACUUGACCUCUUCGCAUGGGCUAUCUUCGUUAGUCCAGAAGAUGUUGCCCCGGAGCUAGUUGAAGACGUGAUCUUUGUCCUGAAGAUAUUUGUGCAGGGUCUGCAGGAGGGCACGGAUGCGCAGCUGGAGUUCCUGGGAUACGCCUGGGAUCCCGACGACCCUGCGUUCACCAAGUCUAGACUGACCAACAACACAAGGUUCAAGCUGAGCAGCCAUCUUCUUAACCCAACCAUCAACCGUCCAGGGGAGGCUCUUCCCUACAUCAAGGCAAUCAUAGAAGAAGAAUCUAUCUAUUAUGCCAAACAUGGGAAAGUGCUUUUAUCAGAAGACCCCUAUGUAUACGUGCUCUAUGGGGAAGCACUCGUCUAUUCCAACAUAUAUACCGAGGAAACCCGAUCUGUGCUCGAGAAGUUCCUGCAAGCAGCCCAAGGGCAACAAUCGGCGCGGGCACGACACUUCGCUGGCGCUCUGCUUCAGACGCGUAUGCAUCUUUCGCUCGUCCUGCUUCAGCUCGGAGUCGAUCCCGAGGAACAAAAAGAGCACACGCAAUGGUCUGCGAAGUUCUUGCGCAGGAACCCUACAUUCCUGUUCGAAUGCGACCUGAAAUACAUACUCGCGCGACCUGGUGCCCCUCCGCAUCCGGUGCUCGCUGCGCUCGGUGGCCCAAAGUGGCUCGAGGAACUUGGCGAGUCUCCCAGAAGAAUCACGAACCUCGGCAGGAGGUGUAUGUGCGGCCUCGUGCAAGGGCCGCAGACGAAACUCUUCCGCUGCGUCGGCUGUCAGUCAGUCCUGUAUUGCUCCAGGGCAUGCCAGAAGAAAGACUGGAGUGCGCACAAGGAAUUUUGUCGAGCGGAAGCUCGACGAGAUGCUCUAAUCAAGGAGCUACAACAGAAAGAUCCCUUCGCCGCCCAACGGGCCAUCGACGGCAAAAAGUGGACGAGCUUGAACGACGAGAGGAAGGUGAACGCCAUCAAAUCCGCCCUCGGGGUGCAUCGCGACCCCUCGCGGGGACGCACACACAUCGUCAUGCAACUCGUGGAGUACACUCCGAAGCACAGGGACAUGCAGCACAAGUUCCGUGUCGCGAAAUGCGGAGUGUUCCACCUCGAGGACGUGAUACCAGACAUCGUGCGAAUUGCCGGAUGGGACACGGCGUGGAUUCGCCGAAAAGUGCAGCAGAUGUUCGACGACAUCGCGGCCGAAGACGGAUUCGAGGACAGCGUGCCUAUGCUUGAGUUCAGAUCUGGUCAGGGGAUUGAAGCAUCGUUGGGUUGCAUGCUCACGAGCCGUGGUUCGAUGCGGAGGACAGAACAUAACCCGAAUUGGCGCCAGGACAUGAAUAAGGGCGACCCUCCAGCAUUCUAUCGUCUGCCGAGCGGCGUUAUGGACGUCGAACAUAUUUUCUAA